CAAGAUUCACACGAACCCCAGAGGACCAAACAGGAGUCCAGGGGGGAGUGGCUUCGUUUGUGUGUCAGGCCACAGGGGAUCCUCAGCCCAAGAUCGUCUGGAACAAAAAAGGCAAAAAAGUCAGCAACCAGAGAUUUGAGGUAAUCGAGUUUGACGACGGGUCCGGCUCUGUCCUGAGGAUCCAGCCACUGAGGACCCCCAGAGAUGAGGCUGUUUACGAAUGUCACGCCUCCAACUCUGCCGGAGAGAUCACCGCUUCCACAAAACUAACGGUUCUUCGAGAGGACCAGCUACCCUCAGGGUUCCCCACCAUAGACAUGGGCCCCCAACUGAAAGUGGUGGAGCGUUCUCGGACUGCCACCAUGCUCUGUGCUGCUAGUGGCAACCCUGAUCCAGAAAUUACCUGGUUCAAGGAUUUCCUGCCAGUCAACACGUCCAAUAAUAAUGGACGAAUCAAGCAGCUCCGCUCAGAGUCCUUUGGUGGCACGCCCAUACGAGGUGCCCUCCAGAUAGAGAUGAGCGAGGAGUCAGACCAAGGGAAGUAUGAGUGUGUUGCCACCAACAGCGAUGGGACACGCUAUUCCACCCCAGCUAACCUCUAUGUCAGAGAGCUGCGAGAAGUGCGCCGUGUCCCCCCUCGCUUCUCCAUCCCCCCAGCAGACAGCGAGAUUAUGCCCGGGGGAAGCGUCAACAUCACAUGCGUGGCAGUUGGCUCACCCAUGCCUUACGUGAAGUGGAUGCUGGGGGCAGAAGACCUCACGCCUGAGGAUGACAUGCCCAUCGGCCGCAAUGUCCUGGAGCUGACGGACAUACGCCAGUCUAACAAUUACACGUGUGUUGCCAUGUCAACACUUGGCGUGAUUGAGGCGGUGGCACAGAUUAUUGUGAAAGCUCUGCCAAAGGCUCCUGGCAUCCCCGUGGUAACAGAGAGAACUGCAACAAGCAUCACCCUCACCUGGGAUUCUGGCAACCCAGAGCCUGUCUCCUAUUAUAUCAUACAGCACCGUGCCAAAGGCUCGGAGGAUCCCUAUAAAGAGAUUGACGGCAUCGCUACGACGCGCUACAGUGUGGGCGGCCUCAGUCCUUACUCCCACUAUGACUUUCGUGUUGCAGCCGUGAACACCAUCGGGCAAGGCCCCUCCAGCGAUGCGGUGGAGGCUCGCACAGCCGAGCAGGCUCCCUCCUCGCCUCCUCGACAGGUCAGAGGUCGUAUGCUGAGCACAACAACAGCAAUCAUCCACUGGGAUGAACCUGAGGAACCUAAUGGACAGGUGGUGGGUUACAGAGUGUACUACACCUCCGACAACAUGCUGCCAGUCAACCAGUGGGAGAAGCUGAUGGUGCGCAGUGCCAACUACAUCACCAUUCAGGGUUUGACCCCUAACAAGACUUAUUACAUCAGAGUGUUGGCCUUUACCUCAGUAGGAGACGGACCGCUCUCCCAGGACCUGCAGAUCAUAGCCAAGACUGGAGUUCCAUCACAACCUUUACAAUUUAAGGGCGAGGCCAAGUCUGAGACCAGUAUCCUGCUGUCCUGGGUAGCCCCACCCCAAGUGGGUCCUGACAACCAGAUCACUGGAUAUGAACUGGUCUACCGACGUGCUGACGAAACAGAGGAGAGGAAAAUAAGCUUUGAGCCUACAACCUCCUACCUGUUGAAGAACUUGAAGCCUUUCUCCACCUACACCUUCCAGCUGGCUGCCAAGAGCAAGCAUGGAAUCGGGGCGUAUACCAAUGAAGUGUUCAUCGACACACCACAGACGCUUCCUUCAGCACCUCCCCAGGACAUCACAUGCACGAGUCCGACUUCUACCAGCGUCCUGGUAAGUUGGGCUCCACCUCCUCUGGAGUUUCAGAACGGCAUCAUUACAGGAUACUCCAUCCAGUACUCCACUACAGAGGGCAACAAAACAACUAGAAGAGUUGACGGAAUCCCUCUGGAGAGUUCCCCCUAUCUCCUGGAAAACCUGGAAAAAUGGACUGAGUAUGGCAUAACGAUACGAGCGCAGACCGAAGCGGGCGAUGGACCGGAAAGUUUACAGCUGCUUAUCCGCACAGAGGAGGAUGUUCCAAGUGGUCCUCCACGAGGAGUUGAGGCAGAGACUGUGAACGCCUCGGCCAUUAGGGUGAAAUGGCGAGCACCAGCGCCUGAACGGCAGCAUGGUCAGAUCAGAGGCUACCAAGUCCACUAUGUGAAGAUGAACUACGGUGAGCCGCAGGGGCAGCCCUUCAUCAAGGACAUCCUCAUGGAAGACUCACAGUGGGAAUAUGAUGACUCAACUGAAUACGAGGCGGUUCUUGGAGACCUGAGGGCAGACACUGCCUUCUCUGUAUCAGUCGGGGCUUAUACCGCCAAAGGCGAUGGUGCUCGCAGCAAACCUGUUACAGUCUGCACCGCCCUGCCACUGCCCGACAAGCCCAAACUGAUGGUGAGUGCCACUGCUACAGGUACUGCUCUGCUGCAGUGGUAUCCGCCGUUAAACCCACCGACCCCACUGCUCGGGUACCGCCUCACCUUUGGCCGCAGCGAUGUCCUUCCCUUUACGGUGGUGGAGUUUCCCUCCAAGGAGAACCGCUAUUCCGCCCAUGACAUCCACAAGGGAGCAAACUAUGUGUUCAAGCUUUCAGCCCGUAACAAAAUGGGGUACGGGGAGGAGGCGGUAAUGGAGGUGACUACACCAGAGGACAACCCAAGUGGAUACCCAGAAAACAUAUACUCUGAAGAGUCUUCUGCCACUUUCCUCCAACUGGCAUGGAAAGCAGUGCCACUAAUUGAGCAAAAUGGGAGAAUUACUAAGUACUCUGUGCUGUAUAAGGAUAUAAACAGCCGUGGGAACGCCUCAGAAGUAGCGGUGCCCGCUCCAGAAUCGAGUGUGUUGUUGGAGGGUCUGAGUGCCGAUACUGUGUAUGAUGUCAGGGUGUGCGCGUUCACAGUUGUCGGCCCUGGGCCGUACAGCCCCAGUGUCCAGUUUAGGACGCAGCGUCUAGACCAAGUUUUUGCAACCAACUUCAGAGUCAAAGCAGCCAUGAAGAACUCUGUCCUACUGUCCUGGGAGAUCCGAGACAAGAAUCCUGCCCAACCAUUUACUAUCCUGUAUGGAAAAGGCCAGUCUGUGGAAGUGGAUGGCAAGCAGACUCAGAAGCUGAUCACGGGCUUGGAGCCAGACACUCAGUACUCCUUUCUGCUCACUAACCGGGCCAACAGCGCCGGGGGCCUCCAGCACCGCGUCACAGCCACUACAGCCCCAGACAUCCUGAAGACCAAACCCACCGUGGUGGGAAAAACCAACGCAGACGGCAUGGUGACUGUGCAGCUACCAACUGUGCAGACCACAGCCAAAGUCAGGGGUUACUAUGUGGUGGUGGUGCCGCUGAAGAAGCUCCGAGGGAAGUUCCUGAACCCCUGGGAGGAGCCUGAUCAGAUGAACCUGGAUGAGCUUCUGAAAGAGAUCAACACGACGAGUGUCAGUCGUGCCCUUCGCAUCCGCAGGCAGGCUGGCCAGUCAGAUCCCAGGGCUUAUGUCAGUGCUCACUUUAAAACGCUCCCCCUGGAGUUUACGCUCGGUGAUGGACAAAACCACGGAGGCUUCCGCAACCGUGCGCUGCAGAACGGACAGGAGUACGUUUUCUUUGUGCUUGGGCUGCUCGACCUCUCUGAGAAUACCAUGUACGCCACUAGCCCUUAUUCUGACCCCGUUACCUCACUGGAUGUGGAUCCAAAGCCAAUCGUGGAUGAAGAGGAAGGACUGCUGUGGGUGGUCGGGCCUGUGCUGGCGGUCGUCUUUAUCGUCUGCAUUGUCAUUGCCAUUCUGCUGUUCAAGAGCAAACCUGACAGAAAAAGAGCUGAGGCUGAAGGCAGAAAGGGCAGUUUUCCCUGCAGCAAAGCCAUGUCAUCUCACCAUCCCACGGAUCCCGUGGAGCUACGCCGCAUUAACUUCCAGACUCCAGGCAUGGCAAGUCACCCGCCCAUCCCCAUCUCUGAGAUGGCAGAUCACAUUGAGCGCCUCAAGGCAAAUGACAAUCUCAAGUUCUCUCAAGAGUACGAGUCCGUCGACCCUGGUCAGCAGUUCACGUGGGAGAAUUCCAACUUGGAGGUCAACAAACCAAAGAACCGCUAUGCUAACGUCAUUGCCUAUGAUCACUCCAGGGUUAUACUCUCCAGUAUAGAGGGUGUUCCAGGCAGCGACUACAUCAAUGCUAACUAUAUUGACGGCUACCGUCGUCAGAAUGCCUACAUCGCCACUCAGGGUUCCCUCCCUGAGACCUUCGGGGACUUCUGGAGAAUGGUCUGGGAGCAGCACACAGCCAACAUUAUCAUGAUGACCAAGCUAGAGGAGAAGUCACGGAUGCCCUCUUAUUUCUACUCUAAGGUGAAGUGUGAUCAAUACUGGCCAACCCGAGGCACAGAGACCUAUGGCCUCAUUCAGGUCACUCUGCUGGACACAGUGGAGCUGGCUACCUACUCUGUCAGGACCUUUGCUCUUUACAAGAGUGGAUCCAAUGAGAAGCGGGAAGUUCGUCACUUCCAGUUCACAGCCUGGCCCGAUCAUGGUGUGCCUGAACACCCCACACCCUUCCUGGCCUUCCUGCGCAGGGUCAAGGCCUGUAAUCCUCCAGAUGCAGGACCCAUGGUUGUCCAUUGCAGUGCUGGAGUGGGUCGCACAGGCUGCUUCAUUGUGAUUGAAGCCAUGACGGAGCGAAUCAAGCAUGAAAAGGCCGUCGACAUCUACGGUCACGUCACACUGAUGCGCUCCCAGAGAAACUACAUGGUCCAGACGGAGGACCAGUACAUCUUCAUUCAUGACGCGCUGCUGGAGGCUGUGACCUGUGGGAACACCGAGGUUCCCGCUCGCAACCUCUUCUCCUACAUCCAGAGGCUGACGCAGAUUGAAACAGGAGAGAAUGUGACCGGCAUGGAGUUGGAGUUCAAGCGUCUAGCCAGUGCCAAGGCUCACACAUCACGGUUCGUGAGUGCCAACCUGCCAUGCAACAAGUUCAAGAACCGGCUGGUGAACAUCAUGCCCUAUGAGACCACGCGCGUGUGUCUGCAGCCAAUCAGAGGAGUAGAGGGCUCUGACUAUAUCAACGCCAGCUUCAUCGAUGGCUACAGGCAGCAGAAGGCCUACAUAGCCACUCAAGGGCCACUGGCUGAAACUACAGAGGAUUACUGGAGGAUGCUGUGGGAACACAACUCCACUAUCGUUGUCAUGUUAACCAAAUUGAGAGAGAUGGGACGGGAGAAAUGUCAUCAGUACUGGCCUGCAGAGCGUUCAGCCAGGUACCAGUACUUUGUGGUGGAUCCCAUGGCUGAGUACAACAUGCCCCAGUACAUCCUCCGAGAGUUUAAAGUCACUGAUGCCAGGGAUGGACAAUCACGAACGGUUCGUCAGUUCCAGUUCACUGAUUGGCCCGAGCAAGGAGUGCCAAAGUCAGGGGAGGGAUUCAUUGAUUUCAUCGGCCAGGUCCAUAAAACAAAAGAACAAUUUGGCCAGGAUGGGCCAAUUUCAGUGCACUGCAGUGCUGGAGUAGGGAGGACUGGAGUGUUUAUCACCCUGAGCAUCGUGCUGGAAAGGAUGCGGUACGAGGGCGUGGUGGACAUCUUCCAGACCGUCAAAAUGCUCCGCACCCAGAGACCUGCUAUUGUUCAGACAGAGUAUAAGACUGAAGGAGACGAACAUCUCUGA